GCUAGUUCCAGAUUGUUUUGAUAGAGCUAUCUUGUCCUAGGUACAAGCACUUGCAAUCAUCCUGCAACAGCGAUGGGUCGAUCGACGUCCGAGCUCCAGAAGCCUUCGGUCCCCAUUGGCGCGCCGCAGCCGUGGCGCAUCGGCGUCAUCGAGAGCUUGUGGGCUCCGUCCCCGACUGGGCUCAUGGCGUGCUGCUGCCCUUGCAUUGUCAUGGCCCAGGUUGCAUCGCGUAUGGCGCUCUACGGUGGCUACGCACUUGUCCUUGGCGCGACCAUCGCCAUGAUGCUCGUGGAAGCCACUAGCUACGUCACUGCGACCGUCUCGGUUGAUCCACAUGACGGUAUUGGCUUCGCACUCGUUCGCAGCGCUGGCCUCGCGGCUGGAAGCGGACUCGUAUUUCUUCUCGGCAGUCUGCGCCGCAAUGUUCGUUCACGAUGGCACCUUGAGGGCAGCGAACUCGAGGACAUUCUCUGCGCGCUCUGUUGCCCACCGUGUACGCUCGCCCAGCUAACGACCCAAGUCGAGCUCUACGACGAAACCACGUCCGUCUUUGGCCCUCGCAACGUCCUUCGCCGCUUUAGCCUCGAGCCCGACGCGCUCUGAGUCGUUGCGAGAGUGCAUCAUUGGUCCACUGUGAGCGCGUUGGAGAUUUUGGCACUUUCAGUACACUGUUUUCAUGACGAAAAUGCUUUUGGUGGCGCGACGAGCUCAGCAUGUCACGUAACUCGUCGUCAAUUCUCGAGCUUCAAUAUCGCAAGAGAAAAAAAUGAAUUCAC